CAAAAUAUCGCCGCUUUUAUUGACAUAACUUCUUGGGCUUACAGUUAAGUCAUUUCAAAGCAUUCAUACAUUUCUUUGGAUCAACUCUUCAGUGAUGUCAGCGUUAAGAGCAGCCCGUAAUCUAUAUGUAUCGGGUCUUCCGUGGACUGUAGGUCACAGAGAUCUGUUUGAAUACUUCUCCGCUUACGGACCCAUUGUCUACCACAGCGUUGCCUUUGACAAGACUACCGGUAUGUCUAAGAGGUAUGGAUUCGUUAACUUUGGUCACGACGAGGCCAUCCGAGCGGUUCUCAAACAGAAGACACAUGUGUUGGACGGAAAUAUUAUCAAUGUUGAAGUGAAGUCCGAUUUGAGAAAUAAUGGCACGAAUUACCGAUAAUUUAUAGAUUUAUCGAUUCAUAGAUAUGAACAACAAUUGUAGUCAACAUUUAUUCGUUAGUUUUAGAGUAAAUUAAGUUUAUAUUGAAAAUUCAAUACUAAUGUCGAUUCCUUAUUGAUAUAUCACUCGCUAUACAAUUGAUUAUAUCGUUUCUCGUAAAAAAUAAAA